GACACGGUUUGGAGUAAAAAGCCCAGCCCACAAAGUUACAAAACCCUAAACCCUGACUACGGGUCUAUUUAUUCCAUUGCCUCACUCCUUUAGUUUCACAUCGCCUACUUCAUCCUCUUCCUCACGCUAAGUUGGAGUUGUAACCACAAUGUCGAAUCCAAAAGUUUUCUUUGAUAUUCUAAUUGGAAGGAUGAAAGCUGGACGUGUAGUAAUGGAAUUGUUUGCUGAUGUUACCCCUAAGACAGCUGAAAACUUUAGGGCUCUAUGCACUGGUGAAAAGGGGAUUGGAAAUUUUGGGAAACCCUUACACUUCAAAGGUUCUGGUUUUCAUCGAAUUAUUCCAGAGUUUAUGUGUCAGGGAGGAGAUUUUACCAAAGGAAAUGGUACUGGAGGAGAGUCUAUUUACGGGUCUAAGUUUACUGAUGAGAAUUUCACUCUAAAGCAUACAGGUCCUGGUAUUCUUUCUAUGGCAAAUGCUGGACCUAAUACGAAUGGUUCUCAGUUCUUUAUAUGUACUACAAAGACCCCAUGGCUUGAUGGGAAACAUGUUGUAUUUGGAAAAGUUGUUGAUGGAUACAGUGUUGUUCAGGAAAUGGAGAAGGUGGGUUCUCAUAGUGGCAAGACAUCUGAACCUGUUGUAAUUGAAGAUUGUGGACAAAUAAACUAGAUUCUAUUAUUAUUUUGUUCAAACUGUUGAGAAAUGAAUUGAUGUAUUGUUAUCUUAUUUGGUGUUAUACCAUGCAUUCUAUUCAAUGUAAAUUUCCACUGUUUAAGUAAAGUAGUUGUUCACAUAAUUCUCAAAGACAACUUUGGGUAAAAAAAUAAUCUGUUUUUAUCUUUAGUACCUUUUUAUUGAAUGUACAAGCACAAUCUGCUUAUUGAAUGUACAAUCUGCCUUCUCAUA